AUGAAGCUUCUUCUUGCAGUCCUUGCCCUAGUGGCUCUCGUCAGUGCAGAACAAGUGUUUUAUAGAGACUACAAAGUGUACAAAAUUGAUGUCGCAAAUCGUGGUCAGCAUGAGCUUCUGGGACAAUGGCGGGAAGUGGAUGGAGUUGAUUUCUGGGACAACGUCGGACGAAGAAUUAUGAUUCAUCCAGCGCUUCAGGAAAAGUUUGAGGCUUUUCUGACCGUCAACAAAAUUGCCAACGAGCUGAUCAUUCCCGAUGUUGAAGCAACAAUUGAAGCCGAACGUCAGUACGACCUGCAGUACCGUCGUACCAAGGGAGCAACUUCUGACCGGGCAACGGUUGACUUUGACCACUUUUGGUCUACGGAGGAAAUCUAUCAGUACCUGGAUGGGCUGGCCGCUGCGUUCCCAAAUCUGGUGAAGGUUGAAACCGUUGGUCAAACGCACGAAGGUCGCGACAUCAAGUCCGUUACCAUCUCCACCACGAACGGGCAGGUCAGCGGAACGAAGCCCGUGAUCUUCAUCGACGCUGGAGUUCAUGCGCGUGAAUGGGCCGCCAUCAUGUCAACAGUCUACCUGAUCCACGAGCUGAUUGAACAUAACGACCUUUACGCCGACAUGCUCCAGAAGGAUUGGGUGAUCAUUCCGAUUGGCAACCCUGACGGAUACGAGUUCUCCCGCACAAACAAUCGCAUGUGGCGCAAGAACCGCGUCCCGGCGUCGAUUUUGUGCACCGGAGUCGACAUUAACCGCAACUUUAACUACAGAUGGGCUUCGGGCAUUAUCACCUGUUCUGAAUCCUUCCCUGGUCCAAACCCCGAGUCGGAACUCGAAACGCAAGCCAUUGUCGGCCUGAUGAAACGAUACGCAGGCAACCUGGAGCUAUACCUGGCGGUGCACACCUUCGGUGACAUGAUCCUGUACCCGUUCGGUUACACGUUGCCUUUCGUCCCGGUUUCGAAUGCCGCCGAACACAUUGCCAUGGGCGAACGGGCCCGGGCCGCUGUGUUGGCCGUUGGAGGACCCGAUUACAUUGUCGGUAAUAGCGCCGAGAUUUUGUACACGGCGAACGGAGUUAGUGACGAUUAUGCGGUUGGGGAGGCCGGAUUUAAGUACGGAUUUACGCUGGAGCUGACCGGAGGUGGUAACCAAGGGUUUGACCUGCCGGCCUCGGAAAUGUUCCGGGUUGCGAGUGAGACGUUCGAAAUCUUCCGAUCGAUGGCUGGAGAUAUUUGAU